AUGUCGAUUAAUCAACAUUCAUUACUUGCAACAUUACCUGUAGAAAUUGUUUAUUAUAUUUGCGAUUGUCUUGAUGCAAAAACAAUACUAGUGUCAUUUCGCAAUAUAUGUCGUCGAUUACGAAACAUUAUAAACAACUAUGAUAAUUACAUUCUUGAUUUUAAAAAAACUUCACGAUCCGAUUUUCAACUUAUUUGUCGUUUAAUUAAUCCUCAACAAGUUAAAUCAUUAACACUCUGUCAACAAACUACAACAUUCGAUCAAACUAUAUUCUUCGAUAAACAAUUCCAUGUGAAAGAUUUUAGUCGUCUUCGUUCUCUGACAUUAAUUGCAAUUAAAGAAAGUCGAUUGAGAGCAGUUUUAAAGCAUAUUAAUAUAUCGUUACUUGUUUCAUUUUCACUUGAAAUUGGUGAACAUAAAAAGCAACACGAUCGUGUAACAGCGACUGUUCUCACAUCAAUACUUACACGGACCAAUCUUCGCACACUCGCACUUAACAUUGAACCAAAUCGUAUAGAAGCUAUCGAAUGGCCUGAUCCAUGUACGAUUGAAGAACUAAAAAUUGACAAGUGUAUAAGUUUCGAUUCCAUUAGGCGAAUUCUUCGUCAUCUGCCUCGUUUGAGAACACUUAUUAUCGAUUGUUAUUCAAUAAAAACUAUUCAUCCAACGAAUUUGACAGCUUACUGUCGUCAAUUAACUUCAGUAUCAUUAGACAAAUUGGAUAUGAAUAUUGCUGAUCUUGAAUUUCUACUUCAGUCUAUGACAUCAUUAACUGAUUUGAAACUUACUGGCAAUGGAAACUACUUUGAUGGUCAUCGUUGGGAAAAAUUUAUUCAAACAAAUCUACUUGGAUUGAAGAAAUUUCAAUUUUAUUUCAGUGAUUAUCAAGAUGAUCAAUUGAAUUAUCCUGAUAUUGAACAGAUCAUUCGAUCAUUUGAAACUCCAUUUUGGAUCGAAUUAAAAAAAUGGUUUGUCAUUUGUGAGUGCAAUAUCAAUAUACCAGAAUGGAUCAAACUCUAUUCAAUACCUAAUUGUAUGGCGAAAGUCAAUUCAAAAGUCGAACCAAUAAAUAUUUCUAUAUCAACUCUGAGUACAGCAAUUGAUACGGACGCACCCAUAGUAGUCAAUACCGACUAUAUAUGUUUCAAUUUUAAAAAAUUGGCAUCGAGUGACAUUGAACAACAGCGAGAACCAAAACCUUAUCCUUUACUGCGCAUGAAGAACUAUCUUGUACUUAUAUUCGGUUCGGAACGACCUGUUGACUGGAUUCCAUUUAUUUCGUUGUUUGUCGAUUUGACAACAAUCACAAAAAUUGCAUUGGGAGGACGACUGAUUUCUGCGGCCAAUCAAUCCAUACUUGAUGAUAUCAAAAUUUUGCUUCAACAAGCAUGUCAUGUUAAUUUGGUUUUGCUACGUGAUACACCAUUAAAUCAGGAAUCACUCUUAUUAACAGCAAAUGAUAUUUGUUAUAUAAUACCAACUCAUAUUCGACGCUUGAGAGUGACAAUUAAGGAUAUGAGUGAAGCCAAAAUUAUUCUCGAACGACUUACACAUGUGUCUAGUGCUCGUUUCUACUUCGAUCAUACACCAUGUUGCGAUGAAUUUCAUCAAUGGUUUGAAAGCAAAAAUCUAUCAUACCAGAUAGAGCCUUCUUCUGUGUACGUAUGUCGUAAAAAGAUCAGCGUACCGUCAAAUAAACAAAACGUGGGUAACAAACGAAUCAAACUUACUGAUAAUCAUCAUGAUUAA